AUGGCGUCUCUGCUCGGAGAAGUAUUAUUUGAAGUUAGUGGCCAAGGUGCUGCACCCAACAAAGACUUUUACCAGUUUGUAAUAACAAAGACUGAAGUGAUCUGGAGAUGGUGGAAGAUUUCUUUGCGUAGUGAAUACCGGACAACGCGGCCAGGAGAAAUGAAGCAGCCUCACAUAUACUACCUACACGACAAUCAGCUUCAGCACCAGGUGAAAGUGGUGUUUGGCCCCCACACCCUGCAGUACUCCAAGGAUCUGUGUGAGGGAAAUUUUGACUACUUGGUGCGCCUGCCUGACCGCCUGAUACUGCGUAUCCUUAGCCUCCUGGAGCUGGAGGACGUGGAAAAGCUCAGAAACACCUCGCAAAAGCUCCGUCGGCUGUGUGAUUCAGAUGAGUCCUGGGAGCAGCGGGUCAGAGCUUAUUGCGACACAGUUACUGCAGAGAUGGAGUCAGUAGCUAAAGAUGUGGGCUGGAGGAACAUGUUCUUCACCAACAAGCUGCAGCUGCAGAAGCAGAUCAGCAGAAGGAGGCUGAAGCAGGAGAGUGCAGGCUGA